AAUUAAUAAUAGUCCGAGCGGAAGAACUUCCAAGGUUGGAACCCAUUAUUUUUCAACUCUGCGACAUCUCGGCUCGCUUGUCACACCCUGCCGGAAGUGGUCCACUGUCCUUACGUGAGGCUCGGCGCAAUCUACUUUCCUUGCUCGUUGGAGACUGUUUCCUCUUCCUACUCUGUUACCAAAGACUUGACUGGAGCCGACCCGACAAAUCUCACUGAAUCCGGCAGCCUGUGGGAGAAAGUCGCAAUGGUCUACUUACCCAGAACAGCAGCGUCCCUACUGGUGUUACCUGCUGUCAUUAACGCAGUCUCGCUUGAUUGCAAACACAUCCGUGUUGACGGGCAAUCCUUUCACUUCGACAAACUCGGCGGUCCGAAGGAGGUAUACUUCCGCGAACAUGAUCCUCCAAACAUCCAAAAUACGACUUUUACCAUCGACAUCUGCGCAGCCUUGAAGAUUGAUGACAAAAUUGAGCUCCAAAACCGAUGCGACCCUGGCACUCGGAUCUGUGCUAUCAACAGGGAGUACCGACAGGGCGUGGAGCCCUUUAUUAGCACCGUCAUCCCGAUUGCGGGUGACUACAGCACGCGGAAUGGACGACACAUCGAUCCCAUCUACACGCGACUAAACGGAAGCGAUAGUCACUCUGACGCAAAGCUGGAGGGUGUCAGGGCGGAGCUGCACGGUGGACAGUACAAAGGGAAGGAUCAAAAGGCUAUCAUCGAGUUCAUCUGCGACAAGGAGAUGGAAGGCAACGAAGGUUUCAAGACAGAGGCGUCUGUACGGAGGCGACAAGAGCGCGUCAGCGAGGACGAUGGCGGAGAUGAAGACAAGGAGGAUCCUCUCCCGGAUCUCAACGAAGGCAAGGCGAUCCAAUUCGUCAGCUUUGGUCCUGAGCGCGACGGCAAGGUCGGCGUCCUCCGCCUGACGUGGAAGACGAAAUACGCUUGCGAAAGCCAGGCGGGCGAAGAACCCGACGGCGACGACAAACACGAUGGCGAAGGCAAGAAGAGCAGCGGAUGGGGAUUCUUCACCUGGUUCCUAAUCAUUGCAUUCUUGCUCGCUGCGGCAUACAUCAUCUUUGGCUCAUGGCUGAAUUACAACCGAUAUGGAGCGCGUGGUUGGGAUCUGAUACCUCAUGGCGAUACGAUCCGCGACUUGCCUUAUAUCCUCAAGGACUGGUUCAGCGGGAUCGCUGGAAGAUUUGGCGGUAGCGAUGGUUCACGGGGCGGUUACAGCGCUGUGUGAGCGUAUCCAGCGCUCCGAUUUCUCCUGUGGCCAUUUUAUUCUGAGGGACGUUGCUCAAUCGGUAUCUGCACUUUCAUUAUCGAAGUGUAAAUUUCUGGGCUGGGCGUAGAAGGAUGACAUUUGCUAACAUAGCGUAGCGCACUGUGAUAAUAAUAUUUUUGCACAACAGCUCGCAUGAGCGGUUACGACGAACCGACCUCGAGACUCGUGUGACUGUCAUCUUGACCAAAUCGAAGAUUGCC